AUGAAUUCCAAUAACAUUUGUAUAAAAGAAGAUUUUGUAUCAUAUCCUUCUAUUGAUGAAAAUGAAGACAUUUAUGAAAAUGAGGAUGAUUUGUUAGAUUUUACUGAAAAUGAAACAGAUGGUCUUUAUGUUAGUAAGAUAUUUGUAUUAUGGCAAGAAGUCACAAUAUUUCUCAAUGAUUUUUGUUUACAAAAAGGAUUUGGAUACAGAAAAGGUUAUCUUAAACAAUUAUAUGAAAGUAAAGAAUCAUGGGCGAGAUGUUAUACUAGCUCAUAUUUCACAGCAGGAAUGCAAUCAAUAAACCGUAUUGAAAGUAUUAAUGAAGUAAUUAAAAAGGAUUUAGAUGGACGAUAUGUAUCAUUAAAUGAUCUUUGUGCAAAUAUUGAUAAUGAGAUUCGCAUUCAUGUAACUUUUGCAAUAACUGAGAAAAUUCAUGAACAAAUGAACCUUAGUUUUUUAUAUCACGCAAUACAAAUUGAAUAUAAUACAAUAGAUAUUAAUAUUAAAUUUUCAUAUGAGAAUAGAUGUAUCAAUGAAAUAUUUGAUUUACCUCAAGGAUAUGCAAAUGCGAUUCUUAGAGAUAUUUAUGAUCAAUUAGUUUCAAUAUGGGAAGUACGACAUAUGAAAUAUGAGUCUUCACCUAAUUAUAUAUUUCUUUUGGAAAAUG